AUGAUCCAAAAAGGGUGCAGACAUGCUGAGCUGGAAAUCUGGCAAUUGAGGCAAGGACUCAUCCGGGUUAUCGCGAAGAACGAGCCUUCCAAGGUUUUUAUUGGCGAGCCUUUAUCAAGCACUGCGGACGUGUGUUCGGCCUUGAGGAAUAGCCAGGAUGUCUGGGCCUACCUUUUCACGGGUUCUUUAGUGCUAUCGCCAGGAAAACAGGAGCAGAGCAAAAGAUCCAGGUUGACCGAGUAUUCUCUCCACUCGCGCCAGAAUGAGGUCGGCACUAUGAGGUGCAUUGGUCCCCACGUAAAAUGCUUUCAUGCCCAGGAUGUAAAAAUACCUUUGCCAGAUGCUCUAAUUGUCUUCUUGUUGGGCACUUGCCCCAUCUGCCUCAAUGAUCCGUUCCCAUCGCCAGUUCCACUACCAGAAAUACCGCAGUCAAGUGCUUCAGCGGAUUGUGAGGCAGAUUUUGCUGUGGUUAUUGGAGGGGCGUGUCGCAAUGUGACGGAGACAGAGGCUGACAACUUUAUCCUCGGAUAUACGGCCUGCAGCGCUGGGUCUUCCAGAGCACUUCAGUUUAGAGACAGCCAGUGGUCUUUUGCUAAAGGGUUCGAUGGAGCCUGUCCGAUAGGUAAGUCAAAUUCAAGGUUCCCUGGAUCUUAUGAGCGGCGGAAUCUAUGUGGUUGUCUUGUUUGUAAAUUUAAAGGCUCUAGGUCCAGUCAACCUUAUCUCAAUAUCCCUCAUUCUCAAGGGGCGACACGUCGAGACAACAGCCCAGAGGUUACGGGGCGGUAA